ACGCCAUAGAAGUCAAGGAUAGGGGUCAAAUCAGAAACUUCCCCACAAGUUAGUUAGUUAAUUGUUAAAGAUGGCGGCCAGACAGAGUUAGCUUCUUUAUUUCAAACUCUUCUCCCUAAUCUCAUAAGCCGCCAUGUUGGGAAUCUUUUGCUGACUCUUCUUUUCAUUUACCUUUCACUGUCACUACUCAACCUUAGACUCCAUCCUCAUCUUCUUCCUCUCCUUUUCCUACUUUUAAACUCCCCUUUCACCUAUAUUUUUUCUCCAACUAGAGUUGCAUUUUCCAUCUUCACCUCUUUGCACAGAUUAUUUCCUUGCUGAGUUUUAGCUGAAUUCUCUACAUGUUACUAAAAUUUUAAACUUUGGCUUUUACUUCAAAAUUUUGCUCCUGUUGUUUCUGUUCUUUGAUUAAGAAGUCAUUCAGAAACUGCAGGUUCAAAAACCUCUGAAUAAUUUCUGAGAGGAAAGAGCUGUUUUGAAAAUGGGAAGUGGUAAAUUAGGUGAUUCAGGUGUGGUUGCUCUCACGGCUAAGAUCAUGAUGGCUGUCAUAGCAUUUCUUUUCUUUGUCGUGGUCUUGGUAUUCGUCCUUCACUUAUACGCGAGGUUUUUCACUAGAUAUCGGCAAGAAGACCACGAUGGUAAUCCGAACGCCGGCACAAGGCGGUGGCGGAGGCAGAGGCGGAGGCGUCGUUUCGACUUUGCUGGAGGCUAUCUAGAAGGGCAUGCACUCCGCAGAGGGCUUGACCCUUCCGUCCUUAAAACCAUACCCGUAAUUCCAUUUGAUACCAAGGAUUUCAAAGAUGGAUUGGAAUGCUCUGUUUGUCUUAGCGAAGUUACUCAAGGUGAAAAGGCGAGGCUUUUGCCUAAAUGCAACCAUGGGUUUCAUGUUGAAUGCAUUGACAUGUGGUUUCAAUCUCAUUCAACUUGUCCUUUAUGUCGAAACCCGGUUUCAGAAAUGUCCUCUCCGAAAUGCGCCAUUGCAGAAUCGUUUUCCGAGGCCAUUAGGGCGCCAACAGAAGAGGAGUCAGCUUCAACAGAGACGCCAAAUUUACCAACUAAUGUUCUCUACUGGGGAGAUGAAACUACAACUACAUCAGCAGCAUCCACAAGCAAUAGGCCAGAUGGGAUUUUGACGAUUGACAUUCCAAGACAGAAUACUGAUGAAGCAGAAGAAGAACAGAAAACACCGACACCGACGCGAUUGAGAUCCUUGACGAGGCUUUUUAGCAGGGUGAAUCCUUGCAGUCCCAGAAACGUAGAUGUAGAACAAGGAAGCAGGGGCCAGAGCUAGAGAUUGAUUGAUUGAUUGAUUCUUCUUUUAUGGAAUUUGGAGAUGAGUGAAAUUUUAGGAACUACUACAGUUUACUAGGUUAAAGUUAAUUGAUUGAUUGGUUGAUUCUUGAUGUAGAUGCGAAGUUGUCUGCAGUCUUUAGAUGUCUAUGUAUAUGUAAUACAUUGUAACUGUGUUAAGGGGCUUCUCUGUUUGAGAAUUGGGGGCAAUCCAUCUUCUCUUACAGGAGAGUAUUAGGAACUUUUUUGUUAUUAGUGUGUGUUAUAUUUGUCUGGCUUCUACAGUUCAUUUGUAAAUCUAUAUUACAGCUUUGCUCGAAGUAUUAUGGACGCGUUGCGACAA